AUGACCACCGAGGAGUUUGCUGGGUUUUGGACAAAAAUGAAAUACGAAAGAAAAGAAGAAGUGGUUGGGGAGUUUGCGAUAGAUGAUAUCGAAGUUGUUAAACAAAGACUGGAGGGCGGUUUAAACAGCGAUGUAUUCGAAGAUCAUGUCAAUGCUGCUGAAUUACAUGGCAAAUUUCAUAUUGUCGAGAUUAAAG